AUGGGACAGUUUCGAGACCAAGGAAGACUCCUUAGUUCAACCGUUGCAAAUCCAAAAGGGGGAUUCGAAACCGCCAAAGCAAUUACAUUGAGAAGUGGCAAACAAGUUGGAACUGAACCCCAAGCAUCCAAAACAAGUCAUGAAGAGGAUGAAAAGUUGCAGUUUGAAGAGAACACACAAGCAACACCCACGGCAAGGAGGGAACCACCUUUGCCGCAGCCAUCUUGCACUUCCAAUCCAUAUAAUUCGGCCAAGGUAAGUUCAAUUCCAACUUCUCCAAGUUCUAUUCCACUAAACGUGCCUUUUCCUGGCAGGUUGAAGCAAUCCAAGAAGGAGGAGAACGAGAAAGACAUUUUGGAGACGUUUCGGAAAGUGCAAGUCAAUAUACCUCUUCUUGACGCAAUUAAGCAAGUACCUAGGUACACCAAGUUUUUGAAGGAACUAUGCACAACAAGAAGGAGAAUUUCGAACAAAGAAGUGGUCCAGGUAAGUGAGAAUGUUUCCGCUGUUUUGCAAAGAAAACUACCUCCUAAAUGCAAAGAUCCAGGUAGUUUUACAAUUUCAUGUGUUAUAGGCAAUACUAAAUUUGAACAUGCUAUGUUAGAUCUAGGAGCUUCAAUUAACGUCAUGCCAUACUCAAUUUAUGCAUCCAUGAACUUAGGAGAACUUAAAAACGAUGGUGUUAUAAUUCAAUUAGCCGAUCGUUCUAAUGCAUAUCCGAAAGGAGUUUUGGAAGAUGUGUUGGUGCAGGUGGAUAACUUGAUAUUUCCAGCGGAUUUCUAUGUCUUAGAGAUGGAGGACUCACCAAAUGUCACCCCAUUGCCGAUUCUACUUGGGAGGCCUUUCAUGAAAACAGCACGCACCAAGAUCGAUGUGUUCAAAGGGACGUUGACAAUGGAAUUUGAUGGGGAGAUUAUUAACUUUAACAUUUCUGAAGCUAUGAAAUUUCCUAUAGAUGAUCAUUCUUGUUUUUCUAUUGAUAUAUUGGAUGAAUUGGCGCAGGAUUAUCUUGAUAUGUUGGAAGACGAUCCCCUUGAAACAACGAUUGCACAAGGACUUGGCAUGAAGCCCAAUCUGGCCGUACCUAAGGGAGGAGCAUGCCGAGCUUGUGGCUGCCUUGGAAUCAUUGCCCCAACAUCGUGGUAAGCCUUCUAACCCAAUUCCAAUUCCCGCCCCCGUUCUGAGCUUAAACCGUUGCCGGAUCAUUUAAAGUAUGUAUUCUUGGGAGAUGAAGAGACGUUGCCCGUCAUUGUCUCUUCAUCACUCACGGCAUUAGAGGAAGAAAAGUUGAUUCGGGUGUUGAAAGAGCACAAAACAGCCAUUGGAUGGACAUUGGCCGAUAUUAAGGGAAUUAGCCCUACAACAUGCAUGCAUCGCAUAUUUCUAGAGGAGGGGGCUAAACCAACUCGAGAGGCUCAACGCCGGCUCAACCCUCCGAUGAUGGAAGUCGUGAAACAGGAGAUUAUAAAGCUUCUCGAUUGUGGAGUGAUUUAUCCAAUUUCGGAUAGCCGUUGCGUCUCACCGGUUCAAGUUGUCCCGAAGAAGUCCGGAGUUACUGUGGUGAAGAAUGCCGAGGAUGAGCUUGUGCCAACCCGGCACAUCGUUUCUGAAAGGGGAAUUGAAGUUGAUAAAUCGAAAAUAGAUCUUGUACGCUACUUACCCUCUCCAACUUCGGUUAGAGAGGUACGCUCUUUUCUUGGCCACGCAGGAUUUUAUAGGCGAUUCAUCAAGGACUUUUCAAAGAUUUCCACACCCCUAUGCCGACUUCUCCAAAAGGAUGUGUCCUUCGAAUUCAACGAGGAGUGUGAAAAGGCGUUCAAACACCUCAAAGAGAUGCUAACUUCGGCCCCCAUCAUUCGGCCACCAGAUUGGAGCAUUCCCUUCGAGCUUAUGUGCGAUGCGUCCGAUUAUGCUCUAGGCACUGUUUUGGGACAAAGGAAGGACAAACAGCCACACGUCAUAUAUUAUGCCUCUCGGACCUUGAACGAUGCUCAAUUGAACUAUUCCACAACGGAAAAAGAACUUCUUGCCGUUGUUUUUGCUUUAAAUAAGUUUCGUUCUUAUUUACUUGGCACUAAAGUAAUAAUUUACACUGAUCAUGCAGCGUUGAAGUACUUGCUCACGAAGAAGGAGGCUAAACCAAGGCUUAUUCGAUGGAUGCUUCUCCUCCAAGAGUUCGAUAUCGAAAUCCGAGACAAGAAAGGAAGUGAGAACGUUGUGGCUGAUCACCUGAGCCGUUUGGUGCAUGAAGAGGAGGUUGUGCCGAUCCCAGAGACAUUCCCGGACGAGCAAUUGAUGUCCAUUGAGGUUAGUAUGCCAUGGUAUGCGGAUUUAGUUAAUUAUUUAGCAUCUAAAGUCAUUCCAAGUGAGUUCAAUAAAAACCAACGUGAUAAACUUAAGUAUGAUGCACGAAAUUAUGUGUGGGAUGAUCCUUAUUUAUGGAAAUAUUGCUCUGAUCAAAUCAUUCGUAGGUGUGUGCAUGAUUCUGAAAUUCAGUCUAUUUUAAACUUUUGUCACACUUAUGCAUGUGGAGGUCACUUUGGCACUCAAAGGACUGCACGUAAAGUACUUGAAUGUGGUUUUUAUUGGCCUACUAUUUUUAAGGAUGCUAGAACUUUUUGCAUUGCAUGUGAUCGUUGUCAACGAACUGGAAAUAUAGGACCAAAAGACCAAAUGCCGCAAAGUCCCAUCUUUAAUGUUGAAAUUUUUGAUGUGUGGGGCAUAGAUUUCAUGGGUCCCUUUCCUUCAUCUCAUGGUUUUGUUUAUAUUCUACUUGCGGUUGAUUAUGUGUCGAAAUGGGUGGAAGCAAGAGCCACCCGUACUAAUGAUUCUAAAGUGGUUGCAGAUUUUGUUAAGACUAACAUUUUUGCAAGGUUUGGAAUGCCGCGGGUACUUAUAAGUGAUGGGGGCUCUCAUUUCUGCAAUCGCACCAUUGAAGCGCUACUCAAGAAAUAUGGUGUCACGCAUAAGGUGGCAACACCUUAUCAUCCUCAAACAAGUGGGCAAGCGGAGGUGUCAAAUAGGGAAAUCAAGCAGAUUUUGGAGAAGACCGUAGGGCCAAACCGGAAAGAUUGGAGCUUGCGCUUGAAUGAUGCAUUAUGGGCGUAUCGCACGGCCUACAAAACACCAAUUGGAAUGUCCCCAUUUCGGCUCAUUUAUGGGAAACCAUGCCAUCUUCCGGUUGAAUUGGAGCAUAAAGCACAUUGGGCCAUCAAAACCUUUAAUAUGGACAUUGAUGCCGCAGGUCUUCAUAGGAAACUUCAAUUGAACGAGCUUGAGGAAGUUAGGAAUGAAGCUUACGAGAACUCUCGUAUUUACAAGGAGAAAACGAAGGCCUUCCAUGACAGGAUGAUUCGGAGCAAGACGUUCUCUAUCGGGCAGAAAGUGCUACUUUUCAAUUCUCGCCUUCGGUUAUUUCCAGGUAAGUUGCGUUCUAAAUGGAUUGGACCUUUUAUUGUUACUAAUGUUUUUCCGCAUGGUGCAGUUCAAAUUCAAAGUUUGAAGACGCAACAAGAGUUCAAAGUCAAUGGACAUCGUUUGAAGCCAUAUUUCACACCUUUUGAGGUGGAGACCGUGGAGGAAGUCAAUCUCCAACCCGUGGGCCCUAUUCAAGCUUGA